CCGAACCUCAAUUGUUAUGUCACUUACGGAAAAGGGCAGAAAAUUCUUCAAUUAAUUGCAUUUUUUCUCAGAUUUCUCAUUUAAUUCCGUACGAAAUUCAUCAAAAUGUCGUCUUACAUGACAGUUCGAGCGAUUUUCACUCCAGUGUUGCAAAAGACUCUCAAACAGAUUUUAUAUGGGAAUUCUCGUCGUGGUUUCCUGACUUUUAAUGGAGCAGCACGUGCCACGACUGCCAUUUCCUUCAAAUUUCCCCAACAAACGCAGUGUCGCUCGUUCGCCGAAAAAGUUGUCUUCAAACGGGACAAGCCGCAUUGUAAUGUCGGCACAAUUGGACAUGUCGAUCACGGAAAAACGACUCUAACGGCUGCUAUUACGACAGUUUUGGCUGACAAAGACCUCGCUGAGAGUAAGCAAUAUAACGAAAUUGAUAAUGCACCCGAGGAACGCGCCCGCGGAAUCACAAUUAAUGUCGCCCACGUCGAAUAUCAGACGGAAAAUCGUCAUUAUGGGCACACAGAUUGCCCCGGGCAUGCGGAUUACAUCAAAAAUAUGAUCACGGGAACGAAUCAGAUGGAUGGCGCGAUACUUGUCGUUGCCGCUACGGAUGGUGUGAUGCCUCAAACACGCGAACAUUUGCUGCUGGCGAAGCAAAUUGGCAUUUCGCACAUCGUUGUCUUCAUUAACAAGGUCGAUGCAGCCGACGCUGAGAUGGUUGAACUUGUCGAAAUGGAAAUUCGUGAGUUAAUGACCGAAAUGGGGUAUGACGGAGACAAUGCUCCCAUCGUUAAAGGCAGUGCUUUGUGCGCUUUAGAAGGAAAAAACCCCGAAAUCGGUUCCGAAGCGAUUAUCAAGCUCUUGGAAGAAGUCGACAAACACGUGCCGACGCCAGUGCGCGAUUUGGACAAACCCUUCUUGUUGCCCGUCGAACAUGUUUACAGUAUUCCGGGACGUGGCACAGUCGUUACGGGACGUCUUGAGCGUGGAAUUAUCAAAAAAGGCAUGGAAUGCGAGUUCGUUGGUUACAACAAAGUCAUCAAAAGUACCAUCACGGGUAUCGAGAUGUUCCAUAAAAUUUUGGAGGAAUCACAAGCUGGCGAUCAGUUGGGUGCUUUGGUGCGUGGCGUGAAACGUGAUGACAUCAAACGUGGUAUGGUAAUGUGCAAACCGGGCACAGUGAAGGCGGCGGAUAACUUGGAGGCGCAAAUUUACAUGUUGACGAAGGAAGAGGGAGGACGUUCGAAGCCCGUGACGAACUAUCAUCAGUUGCAAAUGUUUUCGCGUACGUGGGAUUGUGCGACGCAGGUUCAGUUGGAUGGCAAGGAAAUGAUUAUGCCUGGAGAAGAUUCAAAGAUCAACUUGAAGCUCAUUCGACCGAUGGUUGUUGAACAAGGCGUUCGUUUCACAUUGCGCGACGGCAACGUUACCUUAGGCACUGGCGUCGUUACCAAUAUCUUACCUGGAUUGAGCGAGAAGGAACGUUCUCUCCUCACAGAAGGCAAAAAGGCACGAGAGAAGGCCAUGAAAUCCCAACAAAAAUAGACUUUUCAAUAAAUUUAACGGUCAUUGCAUAUUAAUUUCUCUAAAAAAAUUCAAUAAAAAUAGAUUUUAGACUAAAAUUAACGCUAAAA